AUGGCUAUGGUAAACACAGACUUUCAGACUCCUUUCCCUCAGUCCUCUGGUUGCCACGAUGAUCAUGUGGAUUACACCUCUGCAAUUCCAUAUCUGGAUGUUACAUCUGAGUUUGUUGCUCAGUCAGAAACAGAGUCUACUUUAAGAAAAUAUGAGAAACCCUUGACCAAGCCUUUUGAGCAACGACAUCUGCCUAAAUCAGUCCAAAAACGAGCUAGCCCUGAGGUCCGAUUAAAGCCCCUCAGGCAUAAUAUUUCCAUGCACAGCAACAGUUCCAUUAACUCUACCAAACCAACAGAAACCCUAAGGAAAGCGAAAAGGCAAGACAGCUACUAUGAAUACUCAUCCCUUCACCCACUUCAUAGCUCAACCCAGAGAGACUCAGAGAGCUUUGAAUAUUUUUUCCCUGAGGAUUACUUUGAAGGGAUUCGGAUGAAAUUUCCACUGACGUGGCCCACUCCCAAUGGCCUAACUGCUGCCAAAGCUCGGGAGAUUUGCCACCAAAUUCUUGCAAAUUCCACCAUUGGCUUGGUGUGUAAAGGCCUCCUUGGAAAACAGCUGGAUGAGGCAAUUGAUAUAUGCCUUUCAGAUCUGCAGCUCAAAGAUGACGUGGCUUGGGUGAGGGCACUGAUAGCCCUUUUGGAAAAUGAAUGUGAAAGGAGAGUGCUAGGAAACAGAAACAGAUUGUUUGGCGUUGGAAACCAGCCAUCUGCUACCUGGGAGGAAAUCCUCACUGCUCUCCGGUGUCCUGAUUUCUGUAACAGCAAUGGACACUGCACAGAACUGGGCUGCCAGUGCUUUGAAGGCCACAGCUCCUACGAUUGUAGCAUUGCCAAAAAGCAAGCUUUGGAAAUCACAGGCUUAGAGAACGGAGGCCUCUGUGAUGUUCGUGCCUCUGACUGCACCAGGAUCCAAGUCUUCGGCCUCGGCUUCAAAGAGUCACCCAACCUGCACUGCCAGGUCACCAGGUUAAUUCAUCUCGAUGGGGAAUGGAUAUCAAGAGAACAAGAAAGCACAAAAGCAGAUUUUCUCAGCUCUGAGGCAGUGGACUGCCAGAUCCCACUCCUGAACAUUACAGAGGCUGUGAACUUCGUGGCCGGUGACGAGCCGUUCGCAAGAUGGCAAGUGAAAGUAGGAAUUUCUUAUGUUCCUAAGAAAUGUUUUCGAAGGAAAAAAUCAGUUGUCAUGAUCACUAACGAUGGCUUCCAGUACAGUAAUUCCAGAGUGCUGACCCUGUACGACGCGGUCUGCCAGGCCUGCCAACUCCAUCCAACUGGACUUUGUAAAUUAAAGGAAAAUACUUGCAAUAUAGAUGGACUUUGCUAUGGUGAAGGAGAAUCAAGCCCUACCAGUCCUUGUCUUCUCUGUGAACCUGACAUUUCUAAGUUCACCUGGUCUGUUAAUGAAAACAACCUGCCUCCUGUGUUCCAGGCCCCCUCCAGCCAGCUGCUGACAUUUAUUGGUGAGAAUUUUGUUUACCAGCUAAUAGCAGUGGAUCCAGAAGGGUCAGCUGUGCUAUUCAUCCUAGAGGCUGGGCCACGGGAUGCCAGGCUCUCUCCUGCUGGCCUUCUUAUCUGGAAAGUUGAUGCAGAAGAAAUGCAGACCUUUGAAUUCACAGUGUCAGAUGAAUGCAAUGCACAGAGCAGAUACUCUAUUGAGGUUGGAGUGAAGCCCUGCAGCUGCCUCAAUGGUGGGACAUGUGUUACUAAUAUUAAAUACCCUCCAGGCCUUGGUGAAUACCUGUGCUUGUGUCCAAACGGAUUUGAUGGAGAAUUUUGCCAGGAUGACAUUAAGGACUGCAAAUCAAACCCCUGUGGCAGUGGAACCUGCGUGGACAAUGUUGAGAGCUACUUUUGUAAAUGUCCCCCUGGUUUGGGAGGGCUUACUUGUCAGGAAGACAGGAAUGAAUGUGAAGAGAAUCUCUGUUUUCCUGGAGUGUCUUGUAUGAAUACCUUUGGAUCUUAUGCAUGUGGAAUUUGCCCCAGUGGAAUGGAGGGAAAUGGUAAAACUUGCAAAUCUGUGCUUGCUGCUGACGUUACAGAAGCUUUAAGCAAUGGCAAAGGUGAAUUGAACAGGACUGAGGUUAAGCAGCCACUGCAAUCCUUAGAGGCAAAGGAUUCUCCUGUAAUUAAGAAUUUUACCAUAAGUGAUAGACAUGCACCACAGUCACACAUCACUACCUGUGCCAACAGACCAUGUUUCCCUGGAGUGCUGUGUUUUGAUAGGAGACCUCCUUAUGUUGGAUAUGUCUGUGGUCGAUGCCCAGCAGGGUUUUUUGGAAAUGGUCGAAUCUGUACCAAAGUCCCCAGACCAGUUUCAAGAUCUUCCCAAAGCCAUAUGGAUUUUCCUGGAAGAAAUAUUGAAGAUGCUAGAGGCUCUCACCAGGAAGAUGUAUCAAAGGCAUCAAGAAAUGUAUUUUCCCUUCUGUCCCAAACUGAAAUUCCAAGGCAAGAUAUUACAUACUCUUUAGAAAGAAACCCCACAGUCAUUCACACUCCAUUCCUUGCAAUGAAAAGGAAGACUUCCCAAGCUCAGAUAUUGGCAGCAAAAAAAUCUGAUAUGAAGUUUACAGCACCUGAGAAACAAUCUUUUCUUGAAAAAAGAAGUGAUACACACACCUCCCUUCUGCAAGAGGAGCCAGACUCCAGAGCCCCAGCUGUCAGUGUGACAUCCCAUACCCCUUUCCAUUUUAAACAGCACAAACCAGGUGUGACAGAGACUGUUCCUUCUCAUCACAACACAAAUGUAAGUUCAUUCUUUGCAAGGUCACGUGUUGUUCAGCAGACUCGCUCCAACUAUGGCUAUUCUCCCAGGAAACAGCCUGGUCAAGUCACAGUCUUGAGGACUAAACCAUCCCAAGAUUUCCCAACAGACCAGCCAAGAGCAGCAUUCCUCCCCUCCAAUUUCCAUUUAUUAGCUUCUUCCCUUGAAACAGCUUCCUGGAGUGCUGGCAUCCCAGCAGGGUCUGCUCCCAAAGCAAGGCUUCCAGCACAGAGCACAGCAGCCAGAAAGUUGUUCAACAGAGCAAUGGAUCAUGUGGAACUUCCAAAAAGCAGUGGUGGGACACAUCACAAAGCUGAGUGUGCUAAUAUGCCAUGUUUUACUGGUGUGCAGUGCGAGGUGGUCGAAGAUGGAGGAUUUAAAUGUGGCCCUUGUCCCACUGGAUACAGAGGUGAUGGAAUUACAUGUGAAGCACAGUGUGAUCCACCAUGUGAGCAUGGAGGAACUUGUCUACCUCAAAACACUUGUUCUUGUGCUUAUGGAUUCGUAGGUCCUCGAUGUGAAACAAUGGUGUGUAACAGACACUGUCACAACGGUGGGGUCUGUGUGUCACCAGAUGAGUGCAAAUGCAGAAAUGGGUGGAGUAGUCCUUCUUGUGAAACAGCUGUGUGCAAUCCAGUGUGCCUGAAUGGAGGAAUCUGUGUACGGCCAAAUAUGUGCUCAUGUCCUCAUGGCUUCUAUGGGCCACAGUGCCAGAGAGCUGUGUGCAUUCCCCCAUGUAAGAACGGUGGUCACUGCGUUCGAACCAACGUGUGUUCCUGUACCGAGGGCUACACUGGCAGAAGGUGUCAGAAAAGUGUCUGUGAUCCCACGUGCAUGAAUGGAGGGAAAUGUGCCCACCCAAAUGUCUGUGAUUGCCCAUCUGGUUGGAGGGGAAAGCACUGUAACAAACCUGUUUGCCUGCAGAAAUGUCUGAAUGGUGGAGAAUGUAUAGGUCCAAACAUCUGUGAGUGCUCCGGAGGAUGGGUGGGAAUGCUGUGCCAGACACCACUUUGUGAGCAGAAAUGUUUAUUUGGAAGCAGAUGCAUAAGACCAAAUGUCUGUGCUUGCAGAAGUGGCUAUACUGGUUCAGCAUGUGAAAAGAAG